AUGAGUGCCUACUGCAACACUUUCUUAUCAAAGGACCAUUCCUAUUAUUCUGAUAAGUCUCUUCUUCUUUUUUGUCAACAUCUUGACGACACAUUUCACUUGUAUUCAGUUUCUGACGAGAGGUUUGAGAUUUUAGUCCGAUUAAAUUGGCCAAAAGUCACGCUUGAUCAGCCAGGUCCACCUGCUUAUUAUUCUGGUUUUGAUAUUUUAGGUCUGGGUAGUGUUAAUGGUAUUCUUUGUCUGAUUAGUAAAACUCUGCAGGAUAUGAUUUUAUGGAAUCCAUCUACCGAGGAAUUUAAAGUCAUUCCUCCUAAUCCCUUUGAUUCCGGAGUUUGGGAAGAUCAUACGGAAUUUGGUUAUGAUAGUCUUAGGAAUGACUUUAAAGUUAUGCGUCAUAUGCAUGAUUUUCAAAAUAAUGACUUUAACGAAAUAUGGGAGAUAUAUAGUGUAAGAAAUAACUCUUGGAAAAAACUUGAUGUUGGUAUGCGUCAUUAUCCGAUGGAAAAUAAACAAUUGUACAUUGUUGGCCUUUCUCAUUGGCUAUGUAAGACUAAACCGGAUAAUAAGCCAUAUUUGUUGUCAUUUGACUGGAGCAAUGAAGUUUUUCUUACAACACCAUCACCCUCAAACGUGGAAGGUAUUUUUACUUGUUUGGUGGAGAGUUUCUUGGUGCUAUUAAAUGGUUCUAUUGCUUUGAUCAUAUGUUACAAAGAGACUUAUACAUCUCACAUUUUAAUUUUGAGUGAACUCGGUGUAAGGGAAUCAUGGACUAAGAUUUUCAAUGUAGGGCGAUCAUUAUCCUACUUUAAUAAGUGGCAAAACGGAGGUGGAAAGAAGGGCCGUAUUUUGUUCGAUAAAGAUGGCGAUCGUCUAGCUUGGUUCGAUUUAAAUACUCAAAUGGUUGAAGACCUUGAUAUUUUUACAGAGGAUUUUUGUUGUUUCUUAUUAUUUCAUAAAGAAAACCUUCAUCCAUUUGAAGGAAAAAAUCUUUGA